AUGACAUGUAUCAUUUCACAAAACUGCUCUCAAAGAGUUUAUAAUGUUAUUAAAAAAGGAGGGUUGACUUUACGUCCAGACGAAAUCAUAUCAAAUCAUACCGUCAACUCAGAGUUUGUCAAGAUAGAAUGUCUCGAGCUCUGCCAAAAGGAACCGAAAUGUUUUAGAUUCAACUACAGAAACAAGAUGAGUGUUGUGAACUGCCAACUGGCCAACCUCAUUGGCAAGACAGAUCACACCGCAAUAAAGGGAGAAGGAGAAUGGAUAUUAAUGAGCGAUGAUAAAGCAGCUACCAGCUGCGCCUAUCUGUAUAACCGAGGAAUAAGACAAGAUGGUGUUUACACUAUCAAUCCUGAUGGUCUGGAAUCGUUUCAAGUCAAAUGUGAUAUGAGCACAGACAAGGGAGGCUGGACCGCGUUUCAAAGAAGACAAGAUGGAAGUCAAGAUUUCUAUCGUGGAUGGUCGGACUAUAAAGCAGGCUUUGGUGAUCUUAACGGCGAGUUCUGGUUGGGCCUUGAUAAAAUACAUCGUUUGUGGAAAUCUGGCCAAAACGUUCUAAGAGUUGAUUUGAUGGAUUUCAUUGGCGCUAAACGUUACGCUAAAUAUGGAACAUUUAGUGUGGCUGAUGAAUCAGACAAAUACAGAUUGAAUAUUGGCAAUUAUUCAGGUGACGCAGGUGAUUCUCUGGCUUAUCACAAUCAAAUGCAGUUCUCGACCAAGGAUAGUGACAAUGAUGUUGUUAGUGGUAAUUGUGCUAUCAAGUACAAAGGAGGUUGGUGGUACAAGAUCUGUCAUAAUUCCAACCUCAAUGGCCUGUACCUGGGUGCAGGUCAGACACAUAACAAUGGGAUAAAAUGGAACAAGUGGCAUUAUUAUUCAAUGAAAAUGGCGGAGAUGAAAAUUCGUCCAAUCAACUCAGGGCCCGAGAUUGUCCCGAUAGAGUGUUACGAACUAUCUGAGAAAGAACCGAAAAGUGUUGGAUUCAACUAUAAAGUCACGAUCAAUGUUGUGAACUGCCAACUGAUCAACAUCACUGGGAAGAGAAAUCACGUUGCGAUAACGAAAGAAGGAAAAUGGAUACUAAUGGUCGACGAUUAA